AUCAACACCACGCACCGAGUCGAUUCAAUCAUCCUCUCCUCACUCCUCACAACAUCAGAGAGCAGGUGAGGCUAGAGCCAGCCUACCGAGAAUGCUCUCUCGCACAAUUAAACGGUCUGCCUUGGAAGGCCGAUGGCUUUCGGCGCCGUCAUCUGUUCUUCCUCCAGUCUUUCUCUUCCCUCAGCGCGCACGGCUGUUCAACUCUACCAGCUCAAUUGUCGACGAGAAUACUGUCCCGGAACCACUAAAGCGCAGCGGAAUUUCGACCUCGGACGCAAAGAAUACUGUGCCUCACACCCAAAAAGACGGAGCAACCUCUGCUUCUUCUUCGCCUCCUCUGCCGACUCCUACUUCUCAUAAUCCUUCGGUUCCGACAACACCAAUUGCAGAUUCUGUUCGGGAACUUCUUCCUCUACUCUCAGCACAAACUUCGCAUUAUGCCACCGUGCAUAUCCACGCUCGCCCUUACCUUAUCACGGCCGGAGACACCCUCCGAUUGCCGUUCCUCAUGAAGGGCGUUCAGCCCGGCGACGUGUUGCGCCUGAACAGGGCGACAAAUAUUGGCAGCAGAGAUUAUACUCUCCAGGGUGCGCCAUACAUUGAUGAGAGAUUGUUCGAAUGCCGCGCGCGAGUUGUCGGUACCGAAUCUGAACCCUUGCGCAUCAAAGAGAAGACAAAACGCAGACAGAGAAGGGUCAAGACUGUUAAGAGCAAGCAUCGAUUUACCAUUUUGAAGAUCAGCGAUCUUAAUGUGAAAACAGUGGAGGAGAUUGAGGGCUAAACCAGUAUGUAUUUUUCUGCGGAGGGUUAGAUGUCUAUCAGUGGACCGCACAAGAGAAGCCGUGCAGCUCCCUUCAUUUUGAAGGCUUCAAUCCGAAAGAGAAAAGCACGAAAUUCUGCCUUUGUAUAAGAUCCAGAUUUGGUGGAUACGGUUGUCUUAAGAAGCUACAUCAUGCGAGUCUGGAGGAGGAUAAGGCACUUUAUCCCAAAAACUUAGUGCUGCGGGGAUACCAUGAUCAUACCGAUGUAUCAUUACUUGCAUUCUAUGUAUUCUAAUAUUUCAAGUUUGAAAAAUUUGCAGAGAGAUUCAUAUUUUAGAACACUUUCUAACAUGGAGCGUUAUC